GCCCCUGCGGCCGGGAGUCCAUCCCGCCUCCUCCGGGUUGGCGGGGCUGAGGAGUCCUGAGGGGCUGCCGCGGGAGCUGUAUCCCUUACAUUCGCCCACCAACGCCAAGCAGCUGGCUUGGGCACCCAGUAGGAGUUGACCCAUAGGUUUCCCUAGAUGACGAAUAAACAUUCAUACUGUCUGGAGAACAUCUGCGGAAACCUUGACCAUGGCAUCGGUGUCAGAGCCUGUAACGUUCCGAGAAUUCUGCCCUUUGUACUAUCUCCUCAACGCCAUUCCCACAAAGAUCCAGAGAGGCUUUCGCUCCAUUGUGGUCUACCUCACAGCCCUGGACACCAACGGGGACUACAUUGCAGUGGGCAGCAGCAUUGGCAUGCUCUACCUGUACUGCCGGCACCUCAACCAGAUGAAGAAGUACAACUUCGAAGUACGUCUUGCUUUUCUUUGCAUCUGACAAUGUACCAGCUAUAGCUGCUCUUUCUACUGCUGGGGCUCUAACUGUUCAACAUGGGGUACUUUACCUUUGACUUGCUAGACUCCAGCCUCGUACCUCACUCAAACAAUGCAUGGCUAUCAUUUCCAGCUAAGUAUAAUAUAAUUUAAUCAGCACCUGUAUCUUACUAAGUAUAUAGCUUUAAUCUUUGUCAAUUUUUUUUCCCUCGAGACAGCAUUUUUUUGUAUAACCAUCUUGGCUGGCCUGGAACUCACUUUGUAGAUCAGGCUAGCCUCAAACUCACAGAGAUCCAUUUGCCUGUGCUUCCUGAGUGCUGGGAUUAUAGACGUGUUCCACCAUACCAGGCCAUAGCUUUAACCUUAAAGACAAAACAAAAAACCCUCACUAAGUAUAUAGCUCAGGCUAGCCUGUAACUCAUGAUCCUUAUGGCUUAGUCUCCCAAGCAUGAAGAUUUCAGGCACUUGAAGCUUUGCCUGGCGAAUGUGUUGUUUUUUAUGAUACUAAGUUUGGUUUCUACCAGGCAAUCUUGUAGCACUCUGUUGUGUCUGGUUGGAGGGCUUUGGAGGACUAAGAAAAAGCUUUGUGUUUAGAGUAUAAAACUCUUGUUUUAAUCAAUAUGAGUAUUAUAAUUUUGAUCUAAAAUUGGUUUUUAAAAACUAACAAGUCUCUGCUUUUGUAAUUUUUUAUUUUAAAUUACAUUUAUUUGUCUAUUUACUUAUUUAUUUUCCUGUGUGUGUGUGUGUGUGUGUGUGUGUGUGUGUGUGUGUGUGUGUGUGUGUAUGUGUGUGAGUGGAGGUCAGAGAACCAUCCAGGGGUCCGUCCUCUUCUUCCCCCAUGUGCGUCCAGGGGAUUGAACUCAUGUUUCCAGGCUUGCUGAGAAGUCCCUUGACCUAUAUGCUACCUCACCAGCACCGCCUUUUUCUGAGGUCCCUGAGACUAAACCCAGGGCCUUACACAUGCUAGGGGAAGACAGAGUCUAUCACUGUGGUGAAGCUGCUGAGCUGCUUUGAUGACCUGGUUGCAGUGGGCACUGCCUCCGGGAGGGUCGCAGUUUUCCAGCUUGUGUCUUCAUUGCCAGGGAGGAAUAAGCAGCUUCGCAGAUUUGAUGUUACUGGUGUUCACAAGACCAGCAUUACAGCUCUGGCUUGGAGCCCCAAUGGAAUGAAGCUGUUCUCUGGAGAUGACAAAGGGAAGAUCGUCUACUCCUCUCUAGAUCUAGACCAGGGGAUCUGCAACUCACACCUCGUGUUAGAAGAGCCGUCCUCCAUUGUGCAGUUGGACUACAGCCAGAAAGUGCUGCUCGUGUCGACCUUGCAGAGAAGCCUGCUCUUUUACACAGAGGAAAAGGCGGUCAAGCAGAUUGGAUCCCAACCAAGGAAAAGUACUGGGAAAUUUGGUGCUUGUUUUAUACCAGGACUGUGUAAGCAAAGCGAUCUAACCCUGUACGCAGCCCGGCCUGGGCUCCGGCUGUGGAAGGCUGAUGUCCACGGGACCGUUCAGGCCACGUUCAUCCUUAAGGAUGUCUUUGCUGGAGGAGUCACACCUUUUGAGCUCUACCCUCGUCUGGAGCCCUCUGAUGGGGGGAGCUGCAGCGCUCCUGAGAAACACCUGGGGCUUGUCUCCUGCUUCUUCCAAGAGGGCUGGGUGUUGAGCUGGAAUGAGUACAGUAUCUAUCUUCUGGACACUGUCAAUCAGGCCACAGUUGCUGGUUUGGAAGGACUGGGUGAUAUUGUGUCUGUUUCCUGCACAGAAAAUGAAAUAUUUUUCCUAAAGGGAGAUAGGAACAUUAUAAGGAUUUCAAGCAGACCUGAAGGACUCGCAUCCAUAGUGAGAGACAGUCCAGAGAUGGCACGAUGCUCUGAGCAGGUCCAUGGACAGCAUCUGGAGAAGUCCCUGGGAGGCACUGUGUGCGAGGCACGGCUUCGAGGCUCUUCUGUGGCCAGCUCCGUGGCCAGUGAGCAGCGGAGCAGGAGCAGUUCAUUCAAUUCCACGGACAGUGGCUCCGGGCUGCUGCCGCCUGGAUCUCAGGCUGCCCCUGAGCUGGGCCACAGUGGUCAGCCAUCCUCACAGAGAUUCAGUGUCAUCAGCUCUGAAGACUUUGACCAGGAGCUUAUUGUGAAACCUAUCAAAGUGAAGAAGAGGAGGAGGAAGCGCAAGCCAGAAGGCGGAAGCAAGAGCACCUGCCACAGUUCCCUCGAGUCAACUCCCUGCUCCGAGCUCCCUGCUGACAGCCCCCAGUCCUUGAGCACAGACCUUGUGUCCUUGGCCUCAAGUGUUCUGAGCGGCAGUAGUGUGGAUCAGUUGAGCACAGAGCCGCCAGACCAGGAGAUCAGCCCCAGUGGUGAGUUGGAUGGGAUCAUACAGGACAACAAUGGCCCUCAAACACUCCAUGACCUGGAGGUGCCUGGGUCUACCCCCAGUCCAGUGGAUGAAGAAAAUAGCCCUAGAAAGGAAGCUUCCCAGUGUGACCACACACAGGACACAGACCUGCUCAAAGGAGUGUUGACUUUACCCUUGCAGCCAGGGGAGGAUGAGGGAGAUGCUGACGUCACCUCAGAGCUUGAAGAGAAGCCUGGGCCUGCUGCUGAUGCAGCAAUACACACAGAGUUAUGCCUGCAAGAACAGAACAGCUCUGCUGAGCAGCAGGAGGUGGACACCAUGGAGUUCAGUGACCCCCAGAGCACUUUUUCUGAAGCCCCACUUCUGGACUCAAGUAUGCUACCUGCCAGCCUCAGCUGGCCCCCAGGUGCUGAGCAGUGGCUGCCUGAGAUCGAAGGUUAUGAGGUCAGCACUGAGGAGGCCAGCCCAGAAGCAGACAUCCUGACCCAGGCAGAGGUCCCUAGCCACCUGAGCUCAAAUCCUUGGCAUUUACUAACUGAUAGUCAGAAGGAAGCACCUGCUUUUGAAUGUGACAUGGGAAAUGUGAAAGGACAGGUGACUCCUCUUACCUCUGCCUUGGUGGCCAACACCCAUGCACAUUGGCUGGACCAACCCUUCCAGGAUCAGGCAGUGACAUCCAGUGAUGAGGAAGACAUUUACGCCCACAGACUCCCAUCUUCAUCCUCAGAGACGAGUGUCACAGAGCUUGGAGCUGGUCGUUCUCUGCAGGACCUGAGCCAACCAGGUGCUGAGGAAACCUCACUGCUCAAGGCAGAUCAGUUUGCAGAGAGCUGGAUGGGCUACUCAGGUCCUGGCUAUGGCAUCCUCAGCUUGGCGGUCUCGGAAAAGUUUAUCUGGUGCCUGGACUACAAAGGUGGCCUGUUCUGCAGUGCCCUGCCUGGUGCGGGGCUGCGCUGGCAGAGGUUUGAAGAUGCUGUCCAGCAGAUGGCAGUCUCUCCUUCAGGGGCUCUUCUCUGGAAGAUUGAACAGAAAUCUAACCGUGCUUUUGCUUGUGGCAAAGUCACCAUCAAGGGGAAGCGACACUGGUACGAGGCUCUGCCCCAGGCUGUGUUUGUGACCCUGAGUGAUGACACAGCCUGGAUCAUCAGGACCAAUGGAGAUCUGUACCUUCAGACAGGUCUCAGCGUGGAUCGGCCCUGCGCCCGAGCCGUGAAGGUUGACUGUCCCUACCCACUGUCCCAGAUCACAGCCCGGAACAGUGUGGUGUGGGCACUGACGGAGCAGAGGGCCCUCCUGUACCGGGAGGGUGUGAGCAGCUUCUGCCCGGAAGGGGAACAAUGGAAGUGUGACAUUGUCAGUGAAAGGCAAGCUCUGGAGCCUGUCUGCAUAACUCUCGGAGAUCAGCACACACUCUGGGCCUUGGACAUUCAUGGGAAGCUAUGGUUCAGAACUGGCGUGAUUCCCAAGAAGCCCCAAGGAGAUGAUGAUCACUGGUGGCAGGUGAGCAUCACGGACUAUGUGGUGUUUGACCAGUGCAGCUUGUUCCAGACCAUCAUGCAUGCCACACACUCAGUAGCGACAGCCGCGCAAGCCCCUGUGGAAAAGGUUGCAGAUAAACUGCGCAUGGCAUUUUGGUCUCAGCAGCUUCAGUGCCAGCCCAGCCUACUAGGGGUUAACAAGAGUGGUGUGUGGAUCUCCUCAGGGAAGAAUGAAUUCCAUGUUGCUAAAGGAAGUCUCAUAGGAACUUACUGGAACAACGUGGUUCCCCGGGGAACAGCUUCUGCCACAAAAUGGGCCUUUGUGUUGGCUUCCCCUGCUCCCACCCAGGAUGGAAGCUCCUUAUGGCUAUGCCAGAGCAGCAAGGACCUGUGUGUCCUCAGUGCCCAGAGUGCACAGUGCCGCCCCUCCACGGUGCAGCUGCCCCCCGAUGCAGAGAUGAGGACUUACGCAGCCUGCCAGGAUGCACUGUGGGCCUUGGACAGCCUGGGACAGGUGUUCAUCAGGACACUUUCCAAGAGCUGCCCAACAGGCAUGCACUGGACGAAACUGGACCUUUCCCAGCUAGGAGCUGUGAGGCUGACCAGCUUGGCCUGUGGAAAUGAGCAUAUCUGGGCCUGCGACUCCAAGGGUGGGCUUUACUUCCGUGUUGGAACCCAGCCUCUGAAUCCCAGUCUGAUGCUUCCAGCCUGGAUCACGAUUGAGCCACCGGUCCAGCUUGCUGGGGUCACUUUGGUCAGCGUCCAUUCUAGCCCCAAUGACCAGAUGUUGUGGGCCCUGGAUAGCAGGUGGAAUGUGCACGUGAGAACUGGAGUCACCGAGGAGAUGCCCGUGGGGACAGACUGGGAGCACGUGCCAGGAUUACAGGCCUGCCAGUUGGCACUGAGCACCAGGACCGUGUGGGCCCGCUGUCCAAAUGGUGACCUUGCCCGCCGCUAUGGCAUCACAGACAAAAAUCCUGCUGGGGACUACUGGAAGAAAAUCCCGGGAAAUGUAUCCUGUUUCACAGUGACCUCAUCAGACGAGCUGUGGGCAGUGGGCUCCUCUGGCUGUCUCCUUCAGCGACUGACAAAGACGUUCAGCCAUUCACACAACACCCAGAACAACCAGGCAGCCACCUCCCACCCUGAGGAGCUGGAGGACGAGUGGGAGGUCAUCUGAAGGAGCCGAGGCAGCCAGUGGAGGAGGAAGCUGGGUUCUGUGAUGGAGGCAGCCUAUCUCCCUGUGGCUCCUUGUGGACAUGCCUCAUCCACCAGGCUGGACACCCACACUCGCUUUCAUCCGUAUUUGUUUUGGUCUCAUUACAGAACUCACAGCCUUAGCCAUGUGCUUGGAACUGUCGCUUGUAGGAACAGCACCUUGGACAUCUUACCAAGGUCCCCUCCAAGUGAGAGCAGUGGCUGCCGCUCAGCUGCACGCACGAGUUCCCUGUGCACCCAGGACAUUCUUAUCCGCAAUUGCAGGUCCUGGUGUGUGAGCCAGGAGGGACAGGCACAUGUCCAUACCAGAACCCCAGACCAAAUGGCCGGCCGGUCAGAGCUUGCAGCCACUGGAUAUGUUUGGUGACAGUGUUGACAUUAUCACAGGGUCCCACACUUCUCUCCUAGAGGUCCAGGCCACAGUGCACAUCCCACACGGGACAUUCCAGGUAGGAAAGGACCCAUGCUGGCUGGGGUGCGGGGCUGUGCCGGGUGAACAUGUACACCCUCGCCUCACCAUGCUGCCCACACUCAGGGUAGCUGCCCAUCCUGCCCACCUCAGCCGACACGCCAGCCAGUGGGUGCAGACGGAGCACAGGUGCCCACGUGGUCCAUGUAGCUCAGCACCCCUGAGACAUCUUGGGAAUGACACUUGACAGUAUGCUGGUAGGCAUCCUAACGCUGGGCUCUUCCUCAAAAGAUGAAUCUAGUAACUGCCUUUCAUUUGUUAUGUUACAGACCUGAAUAAGAUACCUCACUUAAAAUCAAAUCUCACAGAUUGAGAAGAUAAAUGUUUCUUCUGAAAAUAGUGAAGGUCUUUUGUUCCUUCAUGAGAUUUAUCCUAAGCCCACCUUGUCUUGGCUAUAGCUUUGCAGGGGUGGCUGUCCCCUAUCAUGUCCUCACCCAAGAGCAGCCACUGUCUGCAGUAGGCAUAGCAUUGACUCCCCCGUGGCUAGUGUAAUACAGUGCCUCUGCUCACGGCUGCUGUGUCCCUCCGCAGUGGUGGGGACAGAGCAUCUGAGCUUCAAGGGCAGGCUGCCCACCCCACCACCAGGUCCCUGUUACCACUCCAGACUGGCUGCUUUUCUUAGUCCGCCUGGUCCAGGCAGUUACUUGAUGUCUGUUUUCUGCUAAGCAUGUCGGGCCCAGCAGUGACGGUGCAGAGGCUCCCGGUCUCAGCAGUGGUGAGCUGCCCGGGGCCUUGACUGCACUUCAUCUUAUAGACUCCUUCUCAAGAGUUCAGUGACAGCAGAGGCAGCUCCGAGUGGGCCGAUCCUCUCCUGUGGACGGUGCCUUGCCCGGCUCCUCACAAUGGCAGCAGUCCCCUAAGCCCACAGGACGCUAGUGCAAUUAAGCCCAAGUUAAGUGGACACUUUCAGCCUAGCUUUAGCUCCACUGCUUCGUGUGAUUUUCUUUUUGGUUUACAUUUUAGUUGUGCUUUAGAUCAUGCAAAAUACUACUUUUUCCAACUGUGGAGUCUGCAGAGUGAGCUGGGGGUACACCAAGCCCAGCAGCCCAGCCACACUGCAGCAGAGUGCCAGCCACUGCCUGGGUGGCUUGAAGCAGCCUGCACAGAUGGUACAGUGGGCAGCGCCAUUCCACAGCAGCACACCACCUCUGGCAGGCCUAGAGAGAAUGCUGCAAAGAAGGCACAGUGAAGGGAAGUCCCAAGACAUUAGUCUUCGGCUGUUGCUUUGAGUCAGUCUUCUAUAGCCCAGGUUGGCUUCCAGUUCACCGUGUAGCAAGCCAAGAAUGGCCUUUGCUGAUCUUCCUGCACCCACCUUUUAAGUUCUGGGAUUAUGGGUGUACACUACCAUGUCCUCUGAAGACAUCAGAUUCCAUGCAAAGAAGUCCAAGAGUAUAGCUCUUUCAGAAUCCCCACUGGAAUGUUUCUCUUGCACAGGGGAAUUCUUAAAAUCAUGACCGUUCCCACAGACAUCCCAUGUACAUGCUCAGAUCUCUAACUUAAUGUCCUUCUCUAGAGCCCACGGGGGAGAAUAGGGUUAGUCUGUGAGCCUCAGACUCACAGGCGGUUGGGUGCCUUAUUCCAGUCACAGUGAUCACGUACCAGGACCUGGCUUGGCAGACCAGCUGACCUGUGCUGAUGCCACAAACUCCUGGAGUUGCCCCAACAAGGGCCAGCAUGUCAGGUACGGCCCAGAUCAUGGCAGGGCCUUCACCCCAGGCAGCCAGGCUGCCCCUGUAUCCCAGCAUUCCAUAGGCAUCGCAGGGGGCAGGGGGAGGGAGGCAACAGCUGCUGUGCCUACUGUUUCCACUUGGCACAGAAAACCUGCCUUUGCUUUCUGGAGGGCAAGUGCUUUCUACUCAAACGAUGGGACACCACAGAAAACCCAUAUGGAGAUUUUACUUAUUCAAAAUGUAGAACCUGUAAGUUAGAAAUCCUGUGUGGGGCUGGGAUGUGGCUUAGUGAUGGAAGACAGAUCAAAACUACGUGGACUCCAAGCAUGCCUACAAUCCCAGCACUCAGGAAGCCGAGUAUUGUCACGAGUUCCAGACCAGCCUGGACCACAAAGAUCCUGUCUCAAAAAAACCUGAACUUAAAGUAAACAAACUGAGAGCCCGGAUUGCCACAACGUUGGCAUCCAUGUUGAAUUUGCCCAAAUCAGUAGGAACAGACACAACACUAAGGUGGACAACAGAGGUGAAGAGGCACUGACAGAAACACCCUCCAGUAGGAGACCCCAAAGGCACAGCUCUCAGAGAAAGCCUCAGUCCAAAAGCCCAACACUAAAAAUGCCAUCUCUGAACAUUCGUCAAGAGCAAAACUAGAGCUGUGUCUCUAGCACAGAGACCCAGGCCUUGCCUGGCAUGCAGGGCCUGGCUACAGUUCCCAGAGUGGCAACAAAAAACUAACGAGAGGGACAGUGCCACUGUUUGUGGGCUUGAGCAUAUGCCUGCAGUGCCACAGGAUGUAUGUCAGCAGAGCGUACUGUGGGGUCCCACAGGCAAUCUCAGGGUGCUGAGAGACUCUGGCUUGUCAGGUCAGUACGGUUUACAGAGAGAACAUUGCAUGGUGGGGGGCACUGUAUAUGGAGCAGAGGGAGACAAGUUCUCACCUGGGACAAACAGCUGGUCAGUGAUUGUUCCCAAGCCUGUGUCUUUUUAUCCUUUGAAUGUUGAGCCAUGUAAAUGUAUUAUUUAUUUCAAAACUAAAUAAAAUUUACAUGUAGAAACUCAA